AUGAAGAUUAUUGUUUCAAGUUUUUUCAAUACAUUUUUGUAAUGAUUUAAUAUAAUAAACAUUGUAAUAUUUUGGCAAACGUAUUUAUAAUAACAUCUAAUAAUAAUGGCGUGCAAUGAAAAUGUAGUCAAAAAUAUGGCAAAUGAAAUAUCCAGGAAUUGCCUAAGCGAGAACGUUAUCGUGGAUCCAGAAUUUGUAAUUUAUUUGAUAGAUUUACUUCUGCUGAACCCGAAAUACGGCAAGCUGUUCACGAAAACUAUAUGUAGAAGCAAUUUGGAGUUUUUUGUCAAAGAGUGUGUUACCAUGCUUACUGGCAGCGAAACAUCAAUAAACACCCUAAAACUGCAAUACACGAUGCUGACCAACUACGAAAAACUCCCGACCCUAGUCGAGAGACACCAGGAGUCCAUAGAGCAGUGUCUACGGCCCCUGCUCAGCGAGAUACUGGAUGACGAUCCGGAGCUAGAAGACGAACAGGCGUACAAGAAACUGUUCAGGAAGAUAUCCAUUUACAUCAUACUGUCCAGCGGUCUUGGGAACCCUGGCUCCAUCGUGACGUUAAAAGAAGGGAUGGCAGCAUUGGAAAGCGUGUUUUCACUGGACGACCUCAAAGUGUUCGUGACUCUACCUAGAUCGGAGAAAAUUCCGCAGCUUAACGAAUUGAUGCAGAUCACCUCUGGAGUCCGGCUGUUCAACAGAGACUGCAAAAAAGGCGGCGAAGGCAUACCUGAUCUGCCAUUCAAUAUAAUCGACGCCGGUAAAGCGUGCAUGGCGUCUCUCUCGCAUUCACUCAUAGCAGCCAUGCAGAGAGUGAAUUCACUCACCACGGCUAUCGCUGAUACCAUUACGAUCAAAGAAGACGAAGGGAUCGUGGGCGUUGACGUACCGCCCAACUCGGGCUUGACUGAAAAAGACUACAACCAAAUUUUCGAACUGUUAGCCUUCAACCGUCAAUACGAAGUGUACAUACGCAAACUCCUAGCCGACGUGGAGACGAUGGAGCAAAAUGGCGCCCAAGAUGUGGAGAGGAUAAAGAUGGUUCUAGAAGAAACGCACACAGCUGUGAAAUACAAGGCCGCUGUGCCCGUGGCCACAGUUUUUCCGCUCUUCAAAAAGCUCUGGCGUGUUUGGCGGUCAAUGCAGGACGUGAUGUUCCUGCUCUCAACAGUCAACCGCCUCAUGACCGUGCUGGCGAACAUCAAAGAGCAGAUGAAGGUACCCUACGCGCUCAUAGAAAAAAUGCUCGAAGGAAAGAGCGUGGUAACCGAUCAGGAAAGAAUGUGCGAGCCAGUCAGCGUGAGAGAAAGAUUAUCCCUUGGCUCACUUACGUUCCUGUGCCGUGACAGUUUCAGUGAAAUAAGUGAACGGAACGUUAAGUUUCUGGGUUUCUGUGCGUUGUGCCUCAGUGUUGGUGCGUUGGUGCCCAGCAACAUGAAAGUUGGUUUAAUCAAGUCCCAAGGGUCUAGAUACGGAUUCUGCAGUGUCAAAAUGGCGGCGCGGUUCAAUAAGGAACCACAGAGGUACAUUAACGAAGUCAUGAAUUUCGCAAGAAACAACCCCCACGUUAUUAACCUAUUGAACAUAUCCGAGGAGAUGAGCAGAUUGAGGCACAUCGAGAAUCUUGUUGUUAAGGUCGUUCCAAAGAAGCAAAUAUACGACAAAGACGUACAGACAGAAGUUCAUCCCAUAGAUAGUUACAUCGAGAAGAACUAUACGCCAAACUUAUGGGAGUGGAAGAGAAGGGCUUGCCAACUGGCCACCAUAGUGAAGUGCCAGACCCACUCGACUCAGACCAACUAUAGCCACUUGCGUUCAGAGACGCACACCCAAACCGUCCAUCCGCGGGACAAGAGCCUCCAAACGAAGAGGGAUGCGGGGGUCAACACCAAUCCACAUGACGUGUUCAUCUGGGGUUUGAGAGGACAGAUCGGUUACGGGCAGCAUUCCAUGAAGUUAUGGGGCAUUCAUGCGGAGAAGAAGAAAGCUCAACUCUUCACAGAAUGCGAAUGGCCGUGUGUAUCGCCAGAUAACAAGAACACCAAAGAUGUCGAAUGUCUUGAUACUUUGAUGUAA